UAGUCCGUGAAGAGAAAAGCUUUGACAUUGAUCGGCAAUGAAGGCACCUUCUUCCUCCUCGUUCUCGCUAGUCGCACACGCCAUGCCAAUCCUUGUGGUGAUUCUAUGCUGCUGCUGCCUGCUACGGUCAUCCUCUGCCGCCCCCGCCGCCGACCAAGGUAACGGCAUGUUCGCAGAGAAAGGUGCGGGCUAUAGUUUUCCGGAGGGCGGGCGUGUACCAGUAUACUGGCCGACGCCACCACAGCCCGGGCCGCCGGUACGCCAGGGCGGCAGCGGCAGCGGCGGUGGUAGCGGCGGCAGCGGCGGUGGUGGCCAUGUCUACACUCAGCCACCGCCGCCGGCACUUUCGCAGCCACAUCCUGAGGACCUGCACCCGCGGCCACGCUGCAGGAACCUGCACGGCACGAGGAACUGAACAACGUCGCCCCCACAAAGUUUGGGGCUAUUAGUGGCUUUGUAUGUUAUGCAUGGAUUAUAUUUUCAAACUUUAAAACAUUUUCUUGUUGACCGAAAUUGCCGUAUUUGGCCAAAAGCAACAAGUUUGUUAAUUUCGGUUUAAUUCCUUAUUUUCAGAAUUGUUUUUCAACAUGUAUUGGUGUCACCUCUGACCUUUCAUUCAUAAGUACAUUAUUUUGGUGAUGGUGGCUUCCUUGCAAAUGAAAAUCUUAACACGCUGCAUGCCUAUUGACUGGCGAAGAAGGAA